AUGUUUCGUAGCAGCACGGAGGAGGUAACAACUGGCGGCGACACCUCAGAGUGUGGACAAACCCGGGCGACGUCCCCAACGGGUAGGAGUGGACUGAACGAAUCUACCUCGUACGGUCCCCCAUCAGCUUCCACAGGGUCAUCCCACCAAAGUUUACAUGAAAGCAGUACGAGCUCUAGCCAUGGCCCAGCGCUACCCCGAACAUCCUCAGGUGAACUUACGUAUAACCAGAGAAGUCAGUUUCAUCACAGCUUCCUGUUAGGGAGGGCAAAUCCAUCAGUCCUUACAUCUACUUCAGACAGCUCAUCCUUCCGCAGCCGUGGAGGAACACCCAGACUCAGAAGGACUCCAGGGUCUGCUGGAGCCACAGGAACACGUCCUGCACAGACACCUCGAACUGAUCAGACUGCAACAAGUUGCUCCUCUGCGACUUCAACCUCUGUUGCCUCUGUGGUUGUAGCAGUGGUUGAAGGGCGUGGUUUGGCCAGAGGAGAAAUUGGCAUGGCCAGUCUCAACUUAAAAUGUCCAGAGCUUGUACUCUCUCAGUUUGCAGACACUGGGACGUAUGCCAAGGUCAUAACCAAGAUUCACAUCUUGGUGCCUCUGGAAAUUCUGAUGCCAGACACAGCUAGUGAGAAGGGGAAAAGGACCAAGCUGUUCAACCUCAUCACUGAGAACUUCCCGGGUGUAGCUUUCACUGCCAUCCAAAGGAAGUAUUUUAAUGAGAGGAAAGGACUGGAGUACAUUCAGCAGCUGUGUGCUCCAGAAUUUGGCACUGUCCUCAUGGAAGUGCAAGCUAAAUAUUAUUGCCUAGCAGCUGCAGCUGCUUUGCUGAAAUACUUAGAGUUCAUUCAGAACUCUGUCUACGCUGCCAAGUCUCUUAAAGUGAGCUUUAAAGGGAGUGAACAGACGACCAUGAUUGACUCAGCGUCUGCCACUAACUUGGAGCUGGUGGUCAAUAAUAGAAACCACAGGAGUGAACAUACUCUUUUAGGGGUACUUAACCACACAAAAACACCUGGUGGUGCUAGAAGAUUGCGCUCCAAUAUCCUGGAGCCUCUGGUCGAUGUGGACACCAUCAACAUACGACUGGACACCAUACAAGAGCUCCUGCAAGAGGAGGAGCUCUUCUUCGGCCUGAAGAAUGCCAUAGGUCAUUUCCUUGACAUUGACCAACUGCUCUCUGUUCUUGUCCAAAUCCCAAAGCAGGAAACAGUUCAGGUUGCUGAAGCAAAGAUAACACAUGCCAUUCAGCUGAAACACACAUUGGAUCUGGUGCCAAGGUUAAGGAUGGUGUUGAAGAACUGCAACACAGCUCUACUUAAAGCAUACAGCACCUCACUGGAAGACACCAGGUUUGACCUGAUCCUAGAGCAGAUCAAGACAGUGAUUAAUGAUGACACUACCUACCUGAAGGGGAGUCUGAACAUGCGCACCCAGAAGUGUUAUGCUGUUCGCCCUAAUGUCAACGAGUUCCUCGACAUUGCCAGGAGAGCUUACACUGAGAUAGUAGAUGACAUUGCAGGGCUAGUGAACCAAAUGGGGGAGAAAUAUGGCUUGCCAAUGCGUACCAGCUUCAGCACAGCUCGAGGUUUUUUCAUUCAGAUGAAGCUUGAAGGGGUGGUUUUGCCUGAGGGGAAUCUCCCCGCUGAGUUCAUCAAGGUAACCAAGCACAAGAACAACUAUGGCUUCACCACUGCAGACCUGAUGAAAAUGAAUGACCGCUGUGAUGAGGCCCUGAGGGAGAUCUUUCACAUGUCCUAUGUGGUGAUAUGUCAACUGCUGAGCACCGUCCAUGAGCACAUCCACUGUCUUUACAAGCUCUCUGAUGCUGUGUCCAUGCUGGACAUGUUGCUAUCACUUGCAAAUGCAUGCACCAUCUCAGACUAUGUGCGUCCAGAGUUCACAGACACGCUGGCGAUCAAGCAGGGUCGUCACCCCAUUCUGGAGCGAAUAACUGGACAGCAGCCUGUCUCGAACAAUAGCUACAUCUCCGAGGGCAGCAACUUUGUCAUCAUCACUGGACCCAACAUGAGUGGCAAGUCCACCUACCUCAAACAGGUGGCGCUGUGUCAGAUCAUGGCUCAGAUAGGCUCUUUUGUCCCUGCUGAGUAUUCCUCUUUCCGUGUUGCUGAUCAGAUUUUCACCAGAAUUGGUGUGGAUGAUGACUUUGAAACUAACUCUUCCACCUUCAUGUUGGAAAUGAAGGAGAUCUCUUACAUAAUCCACAAUGUAAGUGACAGAUCCCUGAUCAUAAUAGACGAGCUGGGGCGUGGUACCAGUGCUGAGGAGGGCAUUGGCAUCUGUCACUCAGUUUGUGAGUUCCUCCUUAGCCUCAAGGCGUUCACCUUGUUUGCCACACACUUUCUUGAGCUGUGCCAACUAGAGUCUCUUUAUCCCAAUGUGGAGAACCAGCACAUGGAGGUUCAGCACACACGCAGUGGUGACACUGGUGCUGAGAGCGUGGUGUACACAUACUUGCUGAAACGAGGAUGCUCUGAGGAAAGACAUUAUGGUCUGAGAGCAGCGGAAAUGACUGCCCUUCCUUCAACAUUAAUCCAAGAGGCAAAGAUCAUUGCCUCCAAUGUUAGCCAGCAGCUCUUGGCCAAACAUCACAGUGAUCCGGAAACACAAAGGCAGAGAGCUGUGUACCACCUGGCCACCCGCCUCCUGCAGGCUGCCAGGAACUCCAGACUGGACCCCGACAGCCUGCGUAUGUAUCUGAAAGGCCUGAGGAAGCAAUACGAGGCAGAGUUGCAGGCCGCAGGGCAGCCAGUGUCUAUGUACACAGAAGAGGAAUGA